AAACACGAGUUCUUUGUGGACAUGACCUGUGAAGGCUGCUCCAACGCAGUCACCCGCGUCCUGCACCGGCUGGGAGGUGUCCAGUUUGAUAUCGACCUGCCCAACAAGAAGGUGUGCAUUGACUCGGAGCACAACGUUGACACCCUGUUGGAAACCCUAAAGAAGACUGGAAAGAACGCUUCCUACCUUGGGGAGAAGUCUGCGUAGUAGCCUGGCCUGGUGUGAGGAGGCUAGGAACUCAAACAUGACUUCAGCACAAAGAUGGCUUAACUGUUUGCAUAUCUUCCAACUUGCUCUGUUAUUUGACCUUUACUACCCUGCCAGAUGGCGGAAAGCAGAGGGCUGGCAGGAGGAGACAGCUGCAUCUUGGGCUUUAGAAGGGGAGAAAUCUAGAGGAGGAGGUUAUAUGCUGUUUCUAGUCCCACAGUAAAUUGAGGCGCUGCUUCUAUC